UUAGUGAUAGAGGGCCGUGGGGUCGCAGACAACAUCCAGAGAUUCUCCUCGCUGCCUCCCUACCUCCCUGUGAGCUAUCAUGUCCUCAGAGCAGAGGCCUCCUUCUUCCUAAAGGAAACCAACCAGGACUUCAUGCGCAACUCCAGUUUGCAGUCCAGAGUUGAGUCUUUCUUCACCUACAAAGCCAAGCGGGCCCCGAUAUUAAACGCUAGCUAUGGGCCUUUUUCAGUGGAAAAGGUUGUGCCUCUGGACUUGAUGUUGACUUCAAACCCUCUAGGCCCAACCAAUAAGUUCAGCUUCAACUGGAAACUGAAAGCCUACAUCCUGCAGGACAAAGUCUACCUGAGCCGGCCCAAAGUGCAGGUUCUGUUCUACAUCGUGGGCCGAGACUGGGAUGACCACAGUGCCACGGAGAAGCUGCCGUGCCUGCGGGUGUUUGCUUUCCGAGAGACCCGGGAGGUGCGGGGCAGCUGCCAGCUGAGAGGGGAGCUGGGGCUGUGUGUGGCCGAGCUGGAGCUGCUGCCCGGCUGGUUCAGCACCCCCAUGGUGGUGGCCGGGAGGAAGAAGGCGGCGGAGCAGCCGGACGGGAGCCCGGUGGAGCUCUACUACACCGUGCGGCCGGGGGACGAGCGUGGGGACUGUGCUGUGGGUGACGUCAGGAAAGGCAACGCCAUCCGGCCAGGGAAGGACGGGCUGAGCGAAACCACCUCACACCUACAGAGGAUCGGCACCGUCAGCCUUUACCGGGCCCAGGCCAGUGCCCAGCUCAGUGAGCUGCGGCUGGACGGCAACGUGGUUAUCUGGCUGCCGUCGAGGCCGGUCAAGCAGGGAGACGUGGUCACUGCCUACGUCACUAUCGCCAGCAACUCCACUGUGGACCUCUUCAUCUUGAGAGCCAAGGUGAAGAAGGGCGUGAACAUCCUGAGUGCGCAGACCAGCGAGCCUCGCCUGUGGGACUCCACACAGGAGACGGGCAACGGCGGCAAGCAUGCCACCACCACUGUGGUGUGUCAGCGCCUGGGGCCGGGGCCACGCAACAGGAGCACCGGUCUAUUCAGCGAGGUGGUACAGAUGAACUUCGAGAUCGCCGGCUUCAGCAGCCUCUCAGGGACCCAGCCCAUCACGUGGCAGGUGGAGUACCCGCAGAGAGGUCUCACGGACGUUGCUGUGUCUGAGAUCUUCAUCAGCCAGAAGGACCUGGUGGGCAUUGUCCCCCUCCCCAUGGACACUGAAAUCCUGAACACAGCCAUCCUCACGGGAAGGACAGUGGCCAUGCCCAUCAAGGUGGUCUCCGUGGAGGAGAAUAGCGCCGUGACGGACAUCUCGGAGUCGGUGGAGUGCACGUCCACUGAUGAGGACACCGUCAAGGUGUCCGACCGCUGUGACUACGUCUUCGUCAACGGCAAGGAGAUGAAAGGCAAAGUGGACGCAGUGGUGAACUUUACGUACCAGCACCUGAGUGCCCCCCUGCACAUCACUGUGUGGGUACCCCGGCUGCCUCUGCAGAUCGAGGUCUCUGACACUGAGCUGAGCCAGAUUAAAGGCUGGAGGGUUCCCAUCAUGGCCAGUAAGAGGCCCACCCAGGACAGUGAGGAGGAGGAUGAGGAGGAGCGGCGGGGCCGGGGCUGUGCCCUCCAGUACCAGCACGCCAUGGUGCGGGUCCUCACCCAGUUUGUGGCAGAGGGUACUGGCCCAUGGGGCCAGCUGAACCACCUGCUGAGCCCCGACUGGCAGCUCGACAUCACCCACCUGGUGACGGACUUCAUGAAGCUGGAGGAGCCCCGCAUUGCCACGCUCGAGGACAGCGGGGUCCUGGUCGGGCGGGAGGUUGGCAUGACGACCAUCCAGGUCCUGUCCCCACUGUCAGAUUCCAUCCUGGGGGAGAAGACGGUGACUGUGUUAGAUGACAAGGUGGCAGUUACAGACCUGGCCAUCCAGCUGGUGGCUGGGCUGUCCGUCACCCUCCACCCCAGCCCCAACAAUGGCAAGGCCAUCACAGCUGUGGCCACGGCCGAGGAGCAGCUGCGGACCCCCAAACAGGAAGCGGUGGUCAGCACGUGGCUCCAGUUCAGUGACGGCUCGGCGACGCCCCUGGACAUUUACGACACCAAGGACUUCUCGCUGGCCCCCAGCUCCCUGAACGAAGCCAUCAUUUCUGUCUCCCAGGGCCGCUCCCCAAGGUGGCCCAUGGUGGUGGCUGAGGGCGAAGGCCAGGGGCCGCUGGUCCGGGUGGACAUGACCAUCGCAGAGGCCUGCCAGAAGUUCAAGCGCAAGAGCGUGCUGGCUGUGGGCAUCGGCAACGUGAGGGUCAAGUUUGGGCAGAACAAGGCCGAAUCCAGCCCCAGCCAGGAUGACAAAGACGAGGAGAUAGAGAACCAUGCCAGCGACCGCCGGCAGAAGGGCCAGGACGGGCACCCCCUGGGCAGCCCCUCUGGGGGGCGCGAGGAGGGGGCGCUUCGGAAAGCCACCACCACGUCCCGGUCGCUGCUGGACAACAAGGCGGUGAGGACCAGCCGGCUGGAUGGGGGUCGGCUGCCUGGGGAGGGGCAGCUACAGAACAUCCCCAUUGACUUCACCAACUUCCCAGCCCAGGUGGACGCACCCCGGGCGGGGGCUGGGCUGGAGGAGAGCGGGCUGGUGCCGGCGCCUCGGGGGCUGAGCGACCUGGAGAUCGGCAUGUAUGCCCUGCUGGGGGUCUUCUGUCUGGCCGUCCUUGUCUUCCUCAUCAACUGCGCCACCUUUGCCCUCAAGUUCAGGCACAAGCAGGUGCCCCCAGAAGGCCAGACCCCCAUAACGCACUCCCACGACUGGGUGUGGCUGGGGAACGAGGCGGAGCUCGUGGAGAGUGUUGGGGACCUGUCUCUGCCCCAGGACGAGCACACUACCAUCCUGGACCGUGGGCUGGGGUGCUGCGAGGAGGGCAACCUCCUCCUCAAUGGGGGCUCCCAGAGGCACACUCAGGGCCAACCACCCUGUGCUGCGGACUCUGGGGGCAGGGCCGAGCCCCUACACUCCCCCACCUCUGGGAGGAAGCGGGUCAAGUUCACCACGUUCACCACCAUCCCCCCAGACGACGGCUGCCCCACCAUCAACUCCACCCUGGGCGGGCACGAGGAGGACAUCAAGUGGGUGUGCCAGGACACGGGCAGCUCCAGAGACCUGAGAGACUACCGGGAGAAAUUCAAAGAGAAGGCAUAG